CGGUAUGAGUUGGUACUAAGCCUUAUUUGAUGCUAAUCUUUUUUACAGUUGUAUACUUACCAUUUUUUUGUAAUAUACACUUGACUACAGUAUUCAAUUGGACUUCCGACGACAUUCAGUAUAGUCACAGUUAUUAAAAUUUUAAUUAAUCAAUUAGCUGAAUGAUGAUUGGUGGUUUUUCACUAUUGUGUCUUUUGUUAUUAUUUUUUUUACAACAGAUUCAUGGAUUAGAUAACGGCUUAGCCUUAACACCUCCGAUGGGAUGGUUAGCUUGGCAAAGAUACAGAUGUAUUACCGAUUGUGAAACUUAUCCUGAUGAAUGCGUAAGUGAAAAAUUAUUCAAACAAGCAACAGAUCUUUUAGUAAGUGAAGGAUAUGCAGCCUUGGGUUAUCAGUAUGUAAUUGUAGAUGAUUGUUGGUUAUCACAUAAUCGAUCAGCUGAUGGAAAACUUCAAGCUGACGAAAAAAGAUUUCCUAGUGGUAUUAAAGCUUUGUCGGAUUAUGUACAUUCCAAAGGAUUGAAAUUCGGGUUAUAUCAAGAUUGGGGAAAAAAAACUUGUGCUGGCUAUCCAGGGGUAUUGGGAAACGAACAAUUGGAUGUUAUGACUUUUGCUGAAUGGGAGGUUGAUUAUGUAAAACUUGAUGGAUGUUAUUCUGAUGUUAGAGAUAUGGACGAAGGUUACAAAGAAUUUAGUCGACUAUUAAACAAAACAGGAAGACCUAUGGUGUAUUCUUGUAGUUGGCCAGCGUAUCAAGAAGAUAAAGGAAUGGUGAUAAAUUAUACUGCUUUAGCGACAUUUUGUAAUCUUUGGCGAAACGCAGGUGACAUAGAUGAUUCUUGGAAGAGUGUAAUGGAUAUUGCUGAUUACUUUGCACUAAAACAAGAUUUUUGGUCUCAAUACGCAGGACCAGGACAUUGGAAUGAUCCUGAUAUGUUGGUAAUUGGUAAUUUCGGUUUAUCCAUUGACCAAAGUAAAGUUCAAAUGUCUAUUUGGGCUAUACUUGCUGCACCUCUUCUAAUGUCAAAUAAACUGUCAGAAAUACGUUCAGAGUUCAAAGACGUUUUACAAAAUAGAGAAAUUAUCAAAAUCAACCAAGACGCGCUUGGUAUACAAGGAAAACGAGUAUUUAGGGAUAAAGAAAUUGAUAUAUGGACACGACCUGUAGAACCGGUUCAUAAUGGAUAUUAUUCUUACGCAGUCGCGUUUGUAAGUCGUCGAUCUGAUGGCGCACCUUUUGCAUACAAAAUUUUAUUAAAACAUUUAAGAUUGGAUUCUCCCAAUGGUUAUACAAUAACGAACCUUUUUGAUAAAAAUACAUCUUUCAAUAAUCAAACAAUUUUUGUAUCAAAAUCUUUUAUAAAAGUUCGUGUAAAUCCUUCCGGCGUUGUGUUUCUUCGAGUCAAUGCUAAUCUUUUCGACUUUCAGUAUGAUCUAUAUAAUGAAACUAUAGUUAAUAAGACUACUUUUAUUUAAUUUAAAAAUAUUAGUUCAAUGUUAAUAUAAAAUUUAGUUUAAAGAAAAUUUUUAAUUUAUUUAAUGCACUAGUGCUAUUUAUAAAAAAAUGUAGAAAAACUUGAACUUUUAGUAAUAAAACAAAAUUAGAAUUAA